AGAUCCAACAAUCAACCUGCUCAAAAUUAAAUAAUGGGAGGCUCUUUUCCAAAUCUAAGGCACAAUGGCCAUUUUCUGGAACUGCUCUUAAAAAAUAACAACGAAUUUAAGGCUUACCACGAUGUUACCACUACGUCGCAUCCUGUUCUUCUUCAUUCUUCAGAAGAGGUAAACCACAGCUUUUCAGGUCACUCCAAUGGAUAUGGAAACGGAACAUCGAAGAGGGAGUUUGACUCUUUCUACUUUUAUAAGGCUGAACAGUUCACAGUUCUAUGGGUUCUUUUUACAAUGAUCGUACUAGGCAAUUCGGCAGUUCUUAUAGCACUCCUUGUUAGCAAAGGUCGGAAGUCUAGGAUGAAUUUCUUCAUUAAACAAUUGGCAAUUGCUGACUUAUCCGUAGGACUGAUCAACGUAUCGACAGACAUAGCUUGGAGGAUUACAGUAGCUUGGCAUGCGGGCAAUAUUUUGUGCAAGCUCAUCCGCUUCCUUCAAGCAGUCGUAACGUACUCUUCCACUUACGUCCUAGUUGCUCUCUCCAUAGACAGAUACGAUGCGAUAACACAUCCCAUGAACUUUUCAGGAAGCUGGAAACGAGCAAGGAUGUUGAUAGUACUGGCAUGGAUGUUCAGCAUCAUAUUUUCGUUACCAGUGAUAUUUUUGUUCGAAGAAACUCCAAUCGAAGACGUCCCACAAUGCUGGAUCGACUUAAAACAGCAAUGGCAAUGGCAGGUGUACAUGACAUCGGUCGCUGUAGCGUUAUUCGUAAUUCCAGCAUUAAUAAUAAGUGCGUGCUAUACAGUUAUUGUAUGGACCAUAUGGACGAAGAGUAAACUUCUUAUUCCCAUGGGGCACAUACCUAUCAGGCAAAUUAUCCUUUCAGGUGAGGAUCUUCGAGAUAUUCCUCCACGGCAUUUACCAGAAGAUCACGAUUACAGAAGAGCAAGCUCCAGAGGAAUUAUUCCACGUGCCAAAAUAAAGACUGUAAAAAUGACUUUUGUCAUUGUAUUUAUGUUUAUCGUAUGCUGGAGUCCCUUUAUAAUAUUCGACUUGCUCCAAGUGUACGGUCACAUUCCUAAAACUCAAACCACCAUCGCCAUAGCGACCCUCAUCCAAAGUCUGGCUCCUCUCAAUUCCGCCGCCAACCCCAUCAUCUACUGCCUUUUUUCGACACACAUGUGCGGUAACUUAAGAUGUGGCAAAAUACUGAAACAUUUAAACUUCAAUCCUUGCAGAAAGAUCCCCCCAUUUACGUGGCUGUCGAAAUGUAUUUCGAUCUGCAUACCUUCCACCUGUUUCGGGCACGACAACGCAUCCACCUUCACCACGACAACUACGAGUUCAUCGAGGAGAUCGACAUCGGCCACAUCCCUGAGGCACACCAUAAGAGUGCAACCCCCGCUGCAAAAUGGACACAAAGUGGCUAUUUCAAUUGUCUAGUCAUUUGUAGGUCUGUAAAGCUGACAGCUUUAUUUGUAAUCAUUCCAUUCAUAAUAAAGGACAUGUAUAAAAAGUGUUGUAAAUUUUGAUUAAAUAAAGUAUUUACCAUAACUUA